CCUAAAUGACCUUAGAUCUUGGCCUCGCUCUCUCACGUCCCUCAAUUCCCUCACCAACAGCCAUUUCCUUUUUCUCUUGUUUCCUACAAGCAAAUCACUGCGACAGCGGUAGUGACUAAAAUUAAGCCAUCGGUAAACUACGCCAUUGACUUUUGAGCAGAUCUAAAUCGCCAACAAACUACUCGAGUCAAGGAAAACCCAAGGCGCGGUUAACCCUUAAGUCCGGGCGAAGCAACAUUUUACGCCAGGCACCAACUGACGCACUGCGCCGACCAACCUGAACCAAACUUUCUUCAACGCCCUGACCGACACGCAGCAGCAGGUGCAAUCGAGGCGCAUAUAUCACUAUCCCUCUUCUUCCUGUGUCGCGCACCUCCCCGUCGCGAAGAGAAGCGUGAAUACAGCGCAGCCAUCUUCGACGACGACGAUUGUUCGCAAAGUUCGCGGGGUUGACGGUGUUAAGAUCCUGCGCAACAAGGCCUCAACAUGACUCCUACUCCUCCCUCAGCACACUCGUCGCACUCGGGCGCUUCACCGGACCAGUUCCGAGUAGUGCGAAAACGAAAUCGAAUCCCAUUAUCAUGCGCGCCGUGUCGGCACCGAAAGCUGAAAUGCAACCGACAACAACCAUGUGAUAAUUGUACAAAGCGCGGAGAUAACUCUUCGUGUACUUAUGCCGCUCCUGCGACAAGAAAGAAGGGCAGUUCAAGUCACGGAGCCUCGAAUUCCACACCGGAUGAUAUGCAGAAUCGGAUAGAUCGGCUCGAGGGACUAGUGUUGUCCCUGAUGACAAACGGGUCGCAGUCUGUAGGCCCGGCAGCGGUUCAGCAGGCACUAUCUGCCGGAACGAGCGUGGCUGGAAGCGGUUCCUUGGGUCCGCCCUUGGACAAUGAACUCGACGAGACGACGAUGAUGGACGACGGCGACAAUCAGGAGGCUGAGAGUGAAACGGACGGUGUGACGCAGAGCUUUGGAAUACUCAAAGUCGACGCUGAGAAGCAAAAGACUUUUUACGUGGGUGAGGCACAUUGGGCUGCGCUGUUGAGUGAGAUCGGCGAAGUCAAGAAUUAUUUUAAUGCCCAUAAAAAGGAGUACGAAGCACAGAUGGAAAAGGUCGAGCAAGCAAGAAAGGCCAUGGGGACCGAUGCUGGGGCAGGCCCUGCUCUCUUGUUUGGAUCGACUGUACCUCCCAGUCGUGCCGAAAUCCUGGCUCAAAUACCUUCACGAUAUAUGUCUGAUAUUCUUAUCGGACGAUAUUUCAACACCUUCGACCCAGCGACUCAUAUCUUGCACGGCCCAACGUUUCAGAGACACUACAAUCAGCAUUGGCAAGAUCCAUCAAAAAGCUCGAUUGUUUGGGUGGCCAUGUUGUUCGCUAUGAUGCGAUUGGCCAUGCUCUCGUACGGUAGAGAAGGCGAUGAGCCCCCUGAGUUCCGGGGCAAAUGUCAGGAUUAUUCCGCCAACUUCCGCACCCAGAUGGCACACUGCCUGAUCACGGCCGACUACACGAAACCACACAACUAUAUCAUCGAAACGUUGAUAUUCCAUCUGCAUGCUGAGUACACGUCCAAUCGAGAUGCGGAGGCCAGUGUUUGGGUGCUGGUUGGCAUGAUUGCGCGCCUCGCAAUGCGAAUGGGAUACCACCGAGAUGCCAAACUAUUCCCUAACCUGACCCCUUUCCAGGGAGAAAUGCGCCGCCGUAUCUGGACGUUCGUACGAAGCGCGGACUUGUUGUUCUCUUUCCAAGUUGCCUUACCAUCGAUGAUUCGGAUUGGCGACUCAGAUACAGACCUGCCGCGAAAUAUCUAUGACGAUGAGUUUGAUGAGGAUUCGACUUCACUUCCCCCAGCGCGACCAGCAAGUGAAGCAACGCCGAUUUCGUACAUGAUUGCUAAAGGCAGACUGUCACUUGGAUUUGGUCGUGUCCUGGAAGAAAUAAAUGGAGUCAAUAGGAAAGGAUAUGACGAGGUGCUCAAGAUUGAUCGUGGGUUGAGAGAUAUCUACGAAAGCACUCCAGAGCAUCUCAAAAUUCGCCCUAUGCCGGAACAAAAUAUGGCACCCAUAUCCCUGAUUGUGGCCAGAUUUGGCCUGGCGAGUGUAUACCACAAAUCCCAGUGUGUGUUGCACCGAAGAUAUAUGCGCCUGGCACGACCAGGAAAUCGAUAUGCGCACUCGAGAAGAACGUGUCUGGACUCGGCCAUGCAGCUGCUUAGUUUCCAAUCUAUCCAGCACCAACAGAGUCGAGAACGUGGACGGCUGAGAAGCCUGCGAAACCACGUCAACUCUUUGACUGCACACGAUUACCUCUUGGCGGCCACGGUGGUAUGCAUGGAUCUGUAUAACCACCGUGAACGCAGCGAUAAUGAUGUCAGCACGCCGAGCACAUCCGUUAGUGGCGGAAGCAUCAGCCAGGGCAGUAAUAUGUCGGAUGGUGGUGCAUAUGUGCCCGGGCUGAACUAUAGCCGGGAAGAUCUGAUCCGCGCACUGGAAGAGAGUCGCGAUGUGUGGAUGGCCAACCGUGACUUGAGCAUGGAAGCUUACAAGGCAAGCGAGCUCUUGAAUGUGCUGCUGUACCAUAUCAAAUCCUCCUCCUCUCCCAGCAAUCCUGCAGCUUCACAACUUCCGACCACCACGCAGCCGACACCGGGGUCGAACAACGAUGAACAAAAUGCCGCCAUGACUUUGGGCAUGCUUCAGGCCGGAGGUCCAGCGUCCGGUCAAAGUGGCGGUAUGUCGCAAGCACCUUCCCCAGGUGGUCAAUUUGAUAAGAUGGGCUUCAAUGGGGUCCUCGGCGCCAACAACGAUCCGACCGGCGCGGGUAUCUUUGGCACAGGAGCUGCGAACGCGGCGAGUCCAUUCCCGGCGGCAUUUUUCAACGGCAUGGGCGACUUUGGUCAGAACAUGAAUCUAGACUGGGAAGCAUGGGAUCAAUAUAUGCAGCCUCAGAGUCUGAGCCUGGACCCGGCUGCAAACUUGUGGUCGAGCAAUUCACCGAGCAAUAAUCUGUUCACACAGUCCCCCGACGCUGCCAACGACGUGUCUUUUGGCCUGGGUGGUUCGAAUUUCUACCCUACAAACACGAUCAGUAGCGUGUUGAGCGGAUCCACCGACACCAAGUCGAAUGAUCAGAUGCCGAACCUGACCGUGAACUCUACGAGUCCGUCCAACAACGAAAAUGACAGCGGCGAAGUGUUUAUGGGGGUUUCUACGCCGCAGCCCGGUGGCAUCCCGAGCUGGAAGUGGACCGUGAUGAGUGACAAGAAGUGAAGUGAUGUUUGAACUUGGAGUUCUGAAAGCAAUGACGAAAUGAUGAGGGGAGAAGGCGAGUGGGAUGGUAUGUGUGUGUGUGUGUGUGUGUGUGUGAUUGAUGCCCCGAAACGAGAUUGACUGAAGAUGGGGAAAGGAACGCGACAUGGGACGUGGGAAAUGUCUGUAACGAUAGCCAGCUGGAACAAUCCAGGUAGGUAUGGAUAAUGGCGAAGUGACGAGGCGAUCAACGACGGGAAAAACAAAAGGCGCCAUUGAUUUGACCAGGAAGGGUACAAAGUAGGUAUUGCUUUUCUUUUUAAAUAUUGAUUGGUGGUGCUGCGAGUCCUUGGGAUUUUGUGGUAUUCCGUACAGUACGGAGUACCCUUGUAUGUAGAAUAUAUACCUCCCUGAUUACAAGUUGGGUAUAUACGGGAUGGUACGUUUACCAAUUGAUUCGCCUCGAGGCAAGGUAACCUACCGAAGGAGGGCAAAGGGAAACACAAUGGCGUCAACUCUUCUCCUGUAUGAAUUCCCUUUUCCAACAUACUCUACGGAGUACCUAAGGUGUUUUCCUGGUACUGCCCCUGGCGUGUCGUGCCGAGCCUGGUGGCUUCACAAUGAUGACGGCGUUGGCUUUUCUCAGCUCCCUCCAUAACGGGGGAUCUGUGUGGAAAUAGCGAUGAUUGGCAUGUUGCGUUAAAUAAGAUGGAGUCUGGAGUUUUUGUCUCCAGUAAAAACAAACGCCCAUGAUUCCUCC